AUGGUAUUGGAUCCACAAUUAGGAUAUUGCUUUGGAACUAAUGAUUUGCCCAACCAUGAAUGCUUCUCAUACACAAAAGGCAUCAAGUCAUUGAAAUCGGUCCAAUUCCAUGUAUUUCUUGACCAAGCAUCACAAAUUCAACAUAUUUCCGUGAAUUAUGAUUCUGAAACUAACGAUAAUGAUGGUCCACAAGUGAUAAUACAUCCAUUCGAAUUAGCACCAUCACCUAAUUUAAAUCCGGAAUCCUUAAAGGGUAAGCAAAAGAAAGAAUCUCUGGCAGGACAACAAAGAGUUGAAAAAGUCAUUCAAAAGAAAAUAAUCAAAGUCAAAGAUGAAAAUGGCAAUGAAAUAGAAAAAGAGAUUGAACAAGAAGUAGAGGUAGAAGUUGAUGAUAGAUCAUGGAUUCAAAAGAAUUGGAUGUAUAUUGUUCCUCCAUUAAUCUUAUUCUUAAUGUUUAGUAAAGAUGAACCAAAGAAGUGA